CCCAAAGGGGUGUUGCGCCGGGGCCUCCGGGGCCGAGGUGGGCCUGCUCACUGGAAGAUCGCACCGCAGCCAUGAGCAGUAGGGAUUUCUUCGCGUAUGGGCGCUCUGGCCACUGGACUCGGGGAUGCCCUAGAGGAGGAGCUGGAGGGCAAGGAGGUGGAGGCCAUGGCAGAGGUUCUCAAUGCAGUUCCACCACCCUAUCUUACACCUGUUACCGCUGCGGUGAGUUCGGUCAUCAUGCUAAGAACUGUGUCCUUCUCGGAAACAUCUGCUACAACUGUGGGAGAGGCGGCCACAUCGCCAAAGACUGUAAGGAACCUAAACGAGAGAGAGACCAACACUGUUAUACCUGCGGCAGACUAGGACAUCUGGCUUAUGAUUGUGAUCGUCAGAAAGAGCAGAAAUGCUACUCUUGCGGCAAACUUGGGCACAUUCAGAAAGACUGCGCCCAGGUCAAGUGCUACCGAUGCGGCGAAACUGGUCAUGUGGCCAUCAAUUGUAGCAAGGCGAGCCAGGUCAACUGCUACCGCUGUGGCGAAUCCGGACAUCUAGCCAGGGAAUGUCCCAGUGAGGCUACCGCUUAAAUUUUUCCCUUUGUCAUCUUCCCCCCUCCUUUUGCUGAUUGAUAAUUGUAUUAUUUUCUCUGAAAACUUCACUGACCAAAAGGUCGAUAGAUUGGGCUACUCUCAGGCAAGUGAGCUUUAAUUACCAUGUUAAAGGAGGAAAGAGCUAGGAAAAAAAAAACCAAAAACUCAAAAAAGUUAAUCAUUGCUAGAUGCCCCACAAUUAAUGUGCUGCUUCUGCCCCACAGGCAAAUCUAGUUAUUGAAUAGUCAUUCUGAGCACCAAUCA